AUGCCCCGCUGCGUGGCCUCCCGGACUCCCAAAUGCCCCCAGUCUGGGCGAGGCGUCAACACCACCAAGGCUUCAAAUACGGCCAAGGUCCCCAAGGUCAAGGGGGUCAACAGGGUCGACAAAGUCACCAAGGUCACCAAGAAAGUGUCCAAAGAUGACGGCAAAGGCUGCAAAAGCGCCAGGGCAAAGCAGCAGCCAGAUAUUGUUCGCCCACCAAGGGAACACGCACGCCAGACAUUCCCCCUGUCCAACGUGCGUGGGUGCCCACAGACAGACGCCGCGACUAUCGCGCCAGCGCCUCGACCGGAUCCGCCUGCAACACCUCCGGGGAACGGACGGAGCAACAUUGCCAGCAAGAUCAAGCGUCUCCGCAUGGCCCCCGAUCAUCUUUUGAAAUUCCCCCAGGUCAACCAUCGCUAUCUGAGCUCCCAAGGAAAGAUCCUGUUUGACAAUCGCUACGAAGUGUCCCCCUCCCCUCCUGAAGCUUCCCCAAAGGGCUCCUCAAAAGGCUCCCCAAAAAGCUCCCCGAAAGGCUCCCUAGACACACAAAGGCGGCUCUCAAAGCCACACACGCCGGAGCCCAAGCAGGGAGCCAAACCCAUGAUCAAUCUCCCCGUGCCCGAUCAUAUCCAGGCCAUGCUCGUCGACGACUGGGAGAACAUUACAAAGAACAACCAGCUUGUACCUCUCCCGCACCCGAAGCCUGUCACCCGAAUCCUCGAGGACUACCUCUCAUUUGAGCGGCCCCAUCGGGAAGAGGGGUCCGCUAGCAUGGAUAUUCUGGAGGAAGUCGUUGCUGGAUUCCGGGAUUAUUUCGAAAAGGCGCUCAGCAGAAUCCUACUGUAUCGCUUUGAGCGCCAUCAGUACAUGGACCUUCGUAAACUAUGGGACAAUGUAGAAUCCACCGAGUACAAGAGCGUCUGCGAUGUCUACGGUGCCGAGCACUUAUCCCGCCUAAUUGUUUCCCUGCCGGAACUUCUAGCCCAGACAAACAUGGACCAGCAGUCUGUUUCGCGACUGAGAGAGGAAAUCGGCAAGUUUACAGUUUGGCUAGGCCGGCACUGCGAGACAUACUUUGUGAAUGAGUACGAGACCCCGUCGCAGGAGUCCUGGGGGGGUCAGGGUAGCGAAAUCGAUGCCAUUUUUUAG